AUGGAUACUGAUCUAGCUUUUUGUCUUGGUCAAUUUAUUGAUGAUCAAGUUAAAUUAAUUGAUGAUCGUUUAGAAGCAAUUAAACAAGAAGAAAUAAUUGCAUGUGAUCAAAUUGAACAAGAAAGAAAUCUUUAUAAUAAAAAUAAACCUAUUCUAAAGAAUAAAGGCACACAUUAUGAAGAUAAAGCAUGGAUUGAUAAAUUUAUUCAAGAUCUUCGUGAUGAUGAUGCUAAUGUUAGUAAACCAAAAUCAAUAAUCGAUGAUCCAAAUUGUAUUGAGACAUUACGUGCUGAAGUUUCUACAAAAGUAAAUGCUUGUUCAAAUUAUAUAACUCGAAUACGAAAUUUAGCUCAACCAUUACCAAGAACAUCGAAAUUUGUUGAAUCAUGUAAUGAAGCAAUAGAUUAUUUUCGUCGAACACAAGAAUUUGAAGAUAAUUUUAAAAAAUUAUAUACUGUUUUAGAACAAAGUGAUUUAAAUAAUAUUAUUCAAAAUACUCAACAAUGGUGGAAAGAUACGUAUGGAUCUACUAUAGCUGAACUUAAUCGUCUUAAUCAAAAAAUAAAUUCAGCUAUUACAGAAAAUAAUUUUGCUAUUC